AGAAAUCAAAUGUUGAUGACGGUUAUACCCUUUAGUAAACCUGGUAAUUUACAUUUGUUGCCACUCUUAAACCUUUCCCUAUUAUCCUCCGCCUCGUCUCUCCCUCUCUCUCGUUAGUCACUCAUCUGGUUCUUCUGCAACGAAUCUGUUUUUUUUCUCCAUCAAUAACUCACAUGGCGGCAGCUUUAGCUUCAAGAAUCUCCCGUGGAGGACGGUCAUUACUUGGAGGUCUUAAGAAUAACUUAUCUGGAUCAUUGACUUCUUCCAAUGGAAUGAUGAAUGAAAGUAUCCUCCUUUCUCAGCAGCAACAGAGAAGGACAUUCAUUCAAAUGGGAACGAUUCUCAAAGUUGUGGACAACUCCGGAGCCAAGAAAGUGAUGUGUAUUCAAGCUCUAAAGAGUAAGAAAGGAGCUAGGCUUGGUGAUACGAUCGUUGCUUCGGUGAAAGAAGCGAUGCCAAACGGUAAAGUGAAGAAAGGAGCUGUUGUGUACGGUGUGGUUGUGAGAGCUGCGAUGCAGAGAGGUCGUGUUGAUGGAAGUGAAGUUAGGUUUGAUGAUAACGCGGUUGUUCUCGUUGAUAAUAAAGACAAGAAGACUAAAACUGAUCGGCAGCCGAUUGGGACUAGAGUGUUUGGUCCUGUUCCUCAUGAGCUUCGUAAGAAGAAACAUCUCAAGAUCCUUGCUUUGGCUCAACACAUUGCUUGAGACAACCGAAACAUAAAACCUUAAACCACGUAGUGUCUUCUUUUUUUUGUGUUAUUCUUUUUUUUCUAUGGUAGUUUUAGAGGUUGAAACUUUAAAAGAGUGCACACUCCCCAGCUCUUUGUCCUUUUUUUUUGUUCACGAAAUACAAAACUCAUAAUAAAAAAACGGAAACAUUUCAGAAAAUAUUGUUACGAUUUUGGUUUGGAUUAAGUUAUAAGAGUUGC